UUGUGGACUCUCCCUGACGCCGUUGUCGCGGAAGUAAAAAGUCUACGUGGGGAAGAAAGGUUGGACUGGCUGUGUUUGAAUACCUUAAACACUAACAACACCAAUGUCCAAUCCAGCUCCACUCUGUCCCUGGUCGAACCAGUCACCCUCCUACCCUGGGAGGCAAAUGAACGCGUUGAGCGGCAUCCGGGGAGUAUAAAUGGUGUGGAGAGCAGACCUGAGGCGGUAAUGCUGCGCCGGGUGCGGCAGUCUCUCCGGCAGGUGCUGUUACUGAUGGCCCGGAGACCAGACAUUCUCUGUGGGGCCAUCGUGCUCAGCGUCCUGCUCAUACUGGCGGUUAAGUUCACAUGCAGCCGCGCUAAGGAUGUGGUGGCGGCGGCGCGGCCUCCGGUCCGGUUCUUCUCUGCCGAUGCCCCAGUAGUGGACCUCUACCUGGGUCAACUAGACCAGGUGGAACGUCUCAAGAGCAUGGCUGAGGUGUCUUUUAUUUUCUUCUAUGCUCCUUGGUGUGCUCACUCCAUGGCUGCUCGACAGGAAGUGUCACAGGUUGCUAAGAAGCUGGCCAGACAGGUGCAGUUUGUGGCUGUUAACUGCUGGUGGAGUCAAGGGAAAUGCAGGAGGCAGAAACGUUUCUAUCACUACCCCAUCAUCCAUCUGUUCUACAGAAGGUUUGGGCCAAUCGAGUACAGAGGACCGUUUGUGGCUCCAUAUAUUGAAAGUUUUACCCUCAGAGUCAUCACACCACUGACUUACCUCCCGACCAGAGCGCACCUCGAAAACUUCCUGACCAAGCAUGAGUCUGGUGUGGUGGGUUUCUUCCAGUUCAAUUCCUCUCCACAGCCUCCAGGGUACAUCACCUACCUCUCCUCUGCCCUGCAGACCCUAAGGAGAGAUUUCCAUGGCGUUGUGCGGUUUGGAGUUGUGACCAGCAAACACGUGGCAGAGGCCGUCUCACUCAGAGAGGAUGAAACGGUUUACCUGCACAGAAGAUUCAACUCUUCUUUGAUUUUUCCAAGAAAGAAGCUAAACUUCACAUCGGAGGCCGUCUGUAAGUGGGUGUUUGAGCACUACGAGACAGUCGUCCAGUGGCUGGUGCCUCCGGGGACGAAGUCCCGCCUGCUGGAGGACGAGUUGACAAAAGGCCCUGCACUGCUUCUGUUUAUGCCUCAUGACCCCCUGAAGUCUGAGCCAAGUGCCAUACUACAACAGUUUGCAGACAUUGCUGUACGUUAUCACUCCUGCGAGCGCUCCAGCACAGACGACCGUCUCCCCUUCUACACCUCGCUGUGCUGCCGAUCCGUUCCCGUUCAGGAGUCCAGGACCAGCGCGUGCGAGGUCUGCCUCAGGCUGUCCGGGCCGAGCCUCCCCGUCUCCUUGGCUCCCUGCUCGUUUCCCUCCGCUUCGCGAGAAGGAGACCGAUUCGAGACUUAUCUGAACCGCUGCUGCCUUCACCAGCCACCCUCUCCCAUAUCCAUGAAAAGCGCGACCUCGCAGGGCUGCAGCCACUACGUGAGCAGCUACAGUCCCUUUACUCAGUUCAGUGCCUGCUGUAAAACAGUAGAACCUCAGCUUAAUCAAUCACAAGCCAAAGAAGAGCCAGGACUUCCUCCUCCUCUGUCUGUCCCUCCAUCCUCUGCUCCCAUCCAGGAGACAGAGAAUGACGGCAUCAUGGGGCUCCAUUGUCGGACUAACAGGACUCUCAGGUUUUACGUGCUGGACAUUGGCCUCAACUGGCCUCUGGCAGAGCGCCUUGGAGCGUUGAGCCAAAAAAACUCUUCUAUUCACAAAGGGGCUUCCACGGAGGGUGACGGCAACCGGGACUGUUCGUUUGUGGCCAUCGUCAACCUGAAGUACGAGGUUCAUUACGUCCUUCAGCACAACCCAGACGCCACGCUGACAGAGUCUCUAGAGAUGUUCAUCAGGAACUUCAGCUCACCGCACAGCCAUCUGCAGAGACAUUUGGUCGGAGAGGAUGACAGGAAGGAGGGCGGAGGUGGAGGUGGAGCCGAUCCUUCGGAGGAAGAGCAGCAGAAGCAGCGCCGCCUCAUCACCGAGUUGACCACUUCCUCCUUCGUGUCUUCCAUCAUGGACCAUCAAAAGGAUGUGCUGUUGUUCUACUACACUCAGUGGUGUGGCUUCUGCUCCGUUCUCAACCACGUCCUCAUCCAGUUGGCCCGACUGCUGCAGGGGAACCACACCAUCACCGUGGCAAGGGUGAAUGUGGCUCGUAACGACCUUCCCUGGGAGUUCAUGGUGGAUCACGUCCCUUCCAUCCUGCUGUUUCCCAGACACAGGAAGCACCUCAGUGUGAAAUAUCCCGCCAACCUUCCCAUCACCUUGCCAAACCUCCUCCGCUUCAUCCUGCAGCACUCUGACUCUCUGCGUCAGGCCAACGGGUCGUCCGCCGCCGCGCCAGGAUCCGGCUCCGGCUCCGGCUCCAGCGCCGUCCUCCAUGCCGAGUUCCUGGCCCUCCAGCACGAAGUCCAGGCCCUGCACCACGCCCGCCAGCGGCUCUCACAGCAGCUUGCACAACUGUGGCGCGAGAACCGCCAGCUAAAGUUCGACAUCCGUGGCAUCGAGCAGAGCCUGGAGAGGCAGAUGCAGGAGAAGAGCCGGCAGCUGGCCGAGGCGCUGAAGCGUCUGCAGGAGCUGGCGGACGCCUCGGAGACCCUGCUGAACGAGAACGUGCUGCUCAAAGUCCUGCUGAGGGCACUGAGGGACCAGACGGAGGCCGACGAGCAGGCCGAGGCAGACAGAGAGGAGGCGGGACAGGAAGACGGCCGCCGAGCUUCCUGAUGACAGAGCUGCGACUCAGGAGGAGGACAUGAAGGACAGACUGAAGGCGGAGGGAGUAAAAGCUGUGAUUAGACUUUAAAAAAGCGCAGAAAGAAGAGGAAUGUACGCUUCUACAAAUAGGAUGUCAUGUUAAACCUAAACUUUAAAAAAGGUUGUUGGUUUGUUGUUAACACUGAGAUUAACCUGGACUCUUUAAAAAAGAGAAGAGGAAAAGAUGGAAAGAUGAGGAGCAGGACGAGUUUUACAAAGUGCUUUGAAUUCAGCCACUCGUGGAAACACCAGUUCAUUUCUGAUAAAUCGUUCUCAGCCAAAUCCGUCAUUUUUUGAUUCCUGUACAAUUUAAAGCUGUAGUAGGUAACUUUUAUUUAAAACAAAAAAACAAAUGUCUUUUGUUUGCACAUUUGUUAAAACUUUCAACAUGUCAUGAAUUUAGUUUGAGUCAUAAAACCUGAGAAAAUCAGAAAAAACUGA